CUGGUGACCGCCCCUAUCGAAUGUUCUUUGUUUACAGAUGGCGCUGAUUUUCAAUUUCAACACGAAGUAGUAUGGCGGAUAUGGUUGUACAUGCCCGGGGAUUAUAUGACUUUGCUGGAGAUGUUGAUAAUGGUGAGCUGACAUUCGCUGCUGGGGAAACCCUGACAAUUGUAGCACAGGAUAUAGGAGAAGGCUGGUGGGAAGCCAAAAAUGAAACUGGUGAGCAGGGACUUAUCCCUGAGGCCUAUGUACAGCUGCUGGAGCCACCAGAACCUUCUUUUCCUCCACCACCACCCCCAUCAGCACCCAAUGAUCAGUGGAACACCCAGCAUGGAGGGGGUAAUGACUGGAACACUCCACAAGUAGGGGGUGGUGAUUGGAACAGUCACACCACUGACAGCUGGGAUCAAGAGCCCCCAGUUGCCCCAGACUACACAAACCAUAACAAUCAGGGGUACCAUGGGGGAGGGAUGCAUCAGCAGGCCAGUGAAGAAACCUGGGAUGAUGAUUGGGAUGAUGAUAAUGAUGACUCGUCAGGUACAACCAACACAAGCCAGGACCAGCUUCCUGGAUCAGGAAAUUUUGGAUUAUCUGCUCCAAAAAGGGAAAAGAAACAACUAUCCCCAAAUUCUGAUGUGUCCAGAUAUGGCACAGUCAAGAAAAGUUUCAACAGAUUUUCAACCUUUGCCAAAACUGGUGGUGAUGCCUUUUUGAUGGGAACAGUUUCAGCCAACGUGUCUGAGAGCGACCUUAUCAAAAUCAUAGAAACAGUAGAUGGUCCUGCCUGGAAUUAUCCCUCCCAACCUUACACAUGUUCCAUCAAGUCCCCCAAAAAAGAGAGCAAGUUAAAGGGACUAAAGAGUUUUAUAGCCUAUCAACUCACACCUUCUUUUAGCAACAUUCAGGUCAGUCGAAGGUACAAACACUUUGACUGGUUACACGAGCGUCUAGAGGCAAAGUUCACAUGUAUUCCUAUCCCACCAUUACCAGAUAAGGCAAUUUCAGGUCGCUAUGAGGAUGACUUUGUAUCAGAGAGAAUGAAAUUGCUACAGCUGUGGGUAGAUAGAAUGGUUCGACACCCUGUUAUUUCACAGUCCGAGGUCUUCAAUCACUUCCUUACCUGUACGGAUGAAAAGAAAUGGAAGGCUGGAAAACGUAAAGCAGAGAAAGAUGAAUACCAAGGAGGAAAAUUUUUCCUGACCCUACAAACUCCACCCACCUCACUAGACAUGAGGGAUGUGGAGAAAAGAAUGGAAAUCUUUUGUAAAUUUGUGAAAAAUAUGGAUGAUAAUGUACGGAACAUGUUACAAAUAGGACAUGACAGUCGGAAGAAACACCUAGGCCCAUACAAGAGAGAAUUUCAGAAGAUUGGUGGGUCAUUUAAACAGAUGGCUGAGACAUUUAAUUUGGAUGCUUCAGCACAUUCACGAAAUUUAACAGCAGCAAUUGAUUACACAGGAGAUACAUACAAUGAAAUAGGAGAUAUGUAUGAAAAACAGCCAAAGGAAGACUUAGAUCCUAUGAUUGAUGUUUUAUUUGAGUACAAGGGAAUGCUGUCUACCUACCCAGAUGUUCUGAAGCUACAUGAGGGAGCCAUAGGGAAAGCUAAGGAGUGUGAGAGACUGAAGGAGGAGGGAAGGAUGCCAGAGUCAGACGUAACCGCUGUGAUACAGCGAGCUGAUGUUAUAUCUUUCGGAACUCUAGCAGAAAUGAACCAUUUCCAGAGAGAAAGAGUCGUAGACUACAAAGACAUGAUGAAGAAAUUCUUAGCAGGACAAAUAAAAUUCUACAGAGAGAUUACCCAAAAAUUAGAAUCAGCUCUCCAGAAAUUUGACAAUGCAUAGCAGAUAAUGUUCACAUAGUGCUUAUAAAAUUAAUGACCUAGAAGACAAAAGUCACACUGCUGACUGCAGCAGCAUGAAACUCUCAGCUGAUUUAGAGUUGCUUGUGCAAUCAACAAACCAAGGCAUCUUAUAGAAUUACCUCUGCCAGAAAGUGGAUGUUGUGUGGACAGAUAGUGGACAUCAUAUGGUCAUACAUUCCAGUAAUUAUAAUGUCAUACAUGUAGUUUAGCAAAAGCAAUUCUCUGACACAAAUGAUUUAUUCUAAGACAACUCUGUGUAUAAUUACUACUAAUCUAUCUUUUUCUUUCUAAAAUUUAAUUUAUUAAAAUAUAUUUAUUCUGCACUCUGAGAGCAUUGUCACAUGAGGGAAAUAUACUUUGUACAUGUAUUUUAUUUUAAAGUCUUUAACUAAAUGAUGAGUAGGUGGUACUAUUUAUUGAAAAUGGGUUUAUGUCUUUAUGAAUAAUUAUUUGCCAUUAGCAUGGCCAGAAAAAUACAAUGUACAAUGUACAUGUAUAAUUUUGAAACAUGAAAAUAAAGAAUUUGAAAUUCUUUGUUGUGCAAAAAGGGGAAAAUUCUAUAUGCAAUCAUUUUAAAUAUUUAUUCUUUCAGUAACUUUGUAAUUUCAUUAAAUAUUACAUUGUUGAUCAUUGUACAGGGCACUAAAUUGGUUUAAAAAAGGUUGAUAUUUUUUCAUAGUUUAUCAACAAUUUAUUUCACUGGUUGCAUUUGGCUUAUUUACUACAGCUAUCAAUAAAUAUUCAUGUAUCUAAAAACUUUAUGAUUUAUAAUUAUCAAUAUAGUAUGGGAUGAAAGUGCUUGUAUUAAAAUACUUUUGUUAAGACUAACAUCAUUUCAUUGAAAUAAUUGCUUUGAUCAUUUUUCAAAGUCUAAAAGAUGCUUGUCUUUCUCCUAGUCAUUAAAACUCUUGUGUCAUCUGGAUAGCGUUCUUGUUUGUAAUAUGGUCUGUGCUACUUUGUAACUUGAAUUAUUAUAUGUAUUACUAAGUGUACUUUUGAUAAUUAUUUACAUAUAUAAUAUACCUGUCCUUUCAGGUUUUACCAUGUCAAACUAUAACCAGUAUGUAAAAAUGUCCUAUUCUCAUCAGCUUUGUUUAUAUUACCAUGUUAAUUAGCCUUAUGUAUUCAUUUUGCACACAUAUAUAGGCAUUAUUAUAAUGGUGCAGUGAUGAAUGUUUAUGCAAAAUUUGUGGCAGUGUAUUUGUAUUUUGCAUAAAGUGUGAAAGGUGUUAUUUAGUUAAUUGGACACAAAUUGAGAUAUGUGUGUGGUAUAUGAUUAAACUGAGAAAUUAACCAAAACCAAAUGGAGAGUGCUAACACAAAUAGAAUUACUCUUUUGUAGAUUUUAGUGUUGUUUCAUAGAUAAAAUUGUUAAUGGGUUUGACUCUUUACUUGAAUUUAAAAAUUGCAUCGUUCCAAAUAAGUCCAAUUUUGAUCCCAAAUAUGAGAUCCCCAUCUCCAUUCUCAGGGUAAUGUUGCUUCGUCUCUAGCUGUAUGUUGUACAGAUGCAGACCCUUGUUUAUAUUGCAUGUAUAUUUCUAAGAAUGCUGGCACAAUAAGUCACAAAGAAUAUUGCCAUUUGUAAAACCAGUUUAUUAAUGAUAGGACGUGUAAUUUCAAUGGUCCAUCAGUUAUGAAAAACUGCAGUUUCAUUCAUGAAAGCUUAUUGUCAAAAGAUUUUUGUUGACUUUGUUUUAUGGUUGUUUGUGAUAGAAAUAUUAUUGGAUAUAUUUUUCAUGUGAUAAAUUGUUCAUUGUUUACACCAUUUACAUUUUUUCCUCUAAGUUAAUCAUUUUACAAAUAUAUUGACCUACUGUCAUUGUGGACUCUUAAGAAUUACAAUGUAUCUGUACUUGUGAAGAAAUUUAUGAGCAUUUUAGAUAAGGAACUGUUUCAAUAAUUUAAAGGAUGAUCAAAAAGUCAACCAUAUAUGAAAAUUCCAUGGAUACAUUGUACAUCUGGAUUAAUUAUGAAGGAUAAAAAGUGCAUUUUAUUUAUCUUUCAUGCUUUAAGAAUCCUGACUGGACAGAGAAUGACUUCUUGUCAUGAUGUGCCCUAAGAAUUUUGUCAUUUUACCGGUAAUCAUUAGGAAGUGUAGCUGAGAGAUGGAUGACCUAUAUAAUGUGCCUAUGAAUAAUCCUCUCUGAGAAAAUCUUUUAUUUCAUAUUAAUGGCAGUAAUCAACAUUUUCAUUAUAGAAUGUCAAAGUCACAUUUACAAACUAAAUGAAUAUUAUCAUAAUAUUGUUAGAUGAAAUGAUUUGUGCAAUAUUUUAAUAAAAUAGUGAACAAACAUGUAAUACAUGUAUUAUAUCUGUAUAAUGUAUUGGAAAUUACACAGCUCUUAGUUUAUUCACUUCAGCUGGUUUAUAUCGGUUUUUCCAUUUUUCACAAAAAAUGUAGCCAACUUUACCAAUCUCUUUUGCAUUCAUUUGCUGACUUUGUUAUUUAUUAAAUAAAUAUCAAAAUAUUGUAGAAA